AUGCUGCCACCAUCAUCUCCAAUGCAAAAGCUACAGGCGGUCGGGUUAUCACAGUGGAAGAUCACUACCGGGAAGGUGGCAUUGGAGAAGCAGUAUGUGCCGCUGUGUCUGGGGAGCCUGACAUCCUUGUUCAUCAGCUGGCAGUGCAUUAAGCAUGAUGGGACCAUGUGUGAUACCUGCCGCCAGCAACCAAUCAUUGGCAUUCGAUGGAAGUGUGCAGAGUGUACAAAUUAUGAUUUGUGCACAGUUUGUUAUCAUGGAGAUAAGCAUCACUUAAGGCAUCGCUUCUAUAGAAUUACUACACCUGGAAGUGAGCGGGUUCUAUUAGAAUCUCGCAGAAAAUCUAAGAAGAUUACAGCCAGAGGGAUCUUUGCAGGUGCCAGAGUGGUACGAGGAGUAGACUGGCAAUGGGAAGAUCAGGAUGGAGGAAAUGGACGUAGGGGGAAGGUAACAGAAAUCCAAGACUGGAGUGCAUCAAGCCCACAUAGCGCAGCAUAUGUUCUCUGGGAUAAUGGUGCUAAGAACCUUUACAGAGUUGGCUUUGAGGGCAUGUCUGAUCUGAAGUGUGUCCAGGAUGCCAAAGGAGGUUCUUUCUACAGAGAUCACUGCCCUGUGCUAGGUGAGCAGAAUGGCAACAGAAAUCCUGGUGGGUUGCAGAUUGGUGACCUGGUAAAUAUAGACCUUGACCUAGAAAUUGUACAGUCUUUGCAGCAUGGUCAUGGAGGAUGGACUGAUGGCAUGUUUGAGACUUUAACUACAACUGGAACUGUUUGUGGCAUUGAUGAAGAUCAUGACAUUGUAGUACAGUAUCCGAGUGGCAAUAGGUGGACCUUCAAUCCUGCUGUUCUCACUAAAGCAAACAUUGUCCGAAGUGGGGAUGCUGCUCAAGGUGCAGAAGGAGGCACCUCACAGUUUCAAGUGGGUGAUCUUGUACAAGUUUGUUAUGAUCUGGAAAGAAUUAAGCUUCUGCAAAGAGGACAUGGAGAAUGGGCUGAAGCUAUGCUCCCAACUUUAGGUAAAGUUGGCCGAGUACAACAGAUUUAUUCAGACAGCGAUUUAAAGGUGGAAGUUUGUGGCACAUCCUGGACAUAUAAUCCAGCAGCAGUUUCCAAGGUGGCAUCUGCAGGAUCAGCCAUUAGCAAUGCAUCUGGUGAAAGACUCUCCCAACUCUUGAAGAAAUUAUUUGAAACCCAAGAAUCUGGUGACCUCAAUGAAGAAUUAGUUAAGGCUGCUGCCAAUGGAGAUGUUGCUAAAGUGGAAGAUUUGCUAAAAAGACCAGAUGUGGAUGUAAAUGGACAAUGUGCUGGCCACACUGCUAUGCAAGCUGCUAGUCAGAAUGGACAUGUUGAUAUUUUGAAGUUACUUUUGAAACAAAAUGUGGAUGUAGAAGCAGAGGACAAGGAUGGAGAUAGAGCCGUUCACCAUGCAGCUUUUGGAGAUGAAGGUGCUGUUAUAGAAGUAUUACAUCGAGGCAGUGCAGACUUGAAUGCUCGCAACAAACGCCGACAGACACCACUUCAUAUUGCUGUCAAUAAAGGUCAUCUUCAAGUUGUAAAGACUUUAUUGGACUUUGGUUGUCAUCCAAGUCUGCAGGAUUCUGAAGGUGAUACUCCUCUUCACGAUGCAAUAAGUAAGAAGCGUGAUGACAUCUUGGCAGUCCUUCUGGAAGCUGGGGCGGAUGUCACCAUUACAAACAAUAAUGGAUUUAAUGCCCUGCACCAUGCUGCACUAAGAGGAAAUCCCAGUGCAAUGCGUGUUUUACUAUCUAAAUUACCAAGACCAUGGAUUGUGGAUGAGAAGAAAGAUGAUGGUUAUACUGCCUUGCAUCUGGCUGCCCUUAAUAAUCACGUGGAAGUGGCUGAAUUAUUGGUACAUCAGGGUAAUGCAAACCUGGAUAUCCAGAAUGUGAACCAACAAACGGCCCUCCAUCUUGCUGUUGAACGACAGCACACCCAGAUUGUUAGGCUUUUGGUCCGUGCUGGUGCCAAAUUAGAUAUUCAGGAUAAGGAUGGGGAUACUCCUUUGCAUGAAGCUCUGAGGCAUCACACCUUGUCUCAGCUACGUCAGCUCCAGGAUAUGCAAGAUGUGGGCAAGGUCGAUGCUGCCUGGGAGCCAUCCAAAAACACAUUAAUAAUGGGACUUGGUACCCAGGGGGCAGAGAAGAAGAGUGCAGCAUCUAUUGCCUGUUUCUUGGCUGCUAAUGGUGCUGACCUUAGCAUUCGAAAUAAGAAGGGUCAAUCACCACUUGAUCUCUGUCCUGAUCCAAGUCUCUGUAAAGCACUGGCAAAAUGUCAUAAAGAAAAAGUCAGUGGUCAAGUGGGUUCUCGAAGUCCUUCUAUGAUUAGUAAUGAUUCUGAAACCUUAGAAGAGUGUAUGGUGUGCUCAGAUAUGAAGAGAGAUACUCUUUUUGGCCCAUGUGGACAUAUUGCUACCUGUUCUUUAUGUUCUCCACGAGUCAAGAAAUGCCUCAUCUGUAAAGAACAAGUUCAAUCUAGGACAAAGAUUGAAGAAUGUGUGGUAUGCUCAGACAAGAAAGCAGCUGUUCUUUUUCAACCAUGUGGACACAUGUGUGCUUGUGAGAACUGUGCUAACCUGAUGAAAAAGUGUGUGCAGUGUCGGGCAGUGGUUGAGCGAAGAGUGCCUUUUAUUAUGUGUUGUGGAGGUAAAAGUUCAGAAGAUACCACUGAUGAUAUCUCAAGUGGAAAUAUCCCAGUGUUACAGAAGGACAAAGAUAAUACAAAUGUCAACGCAGAUGUGCAGAAAUUGCAGCAGCAGUUGCAGGACAUUAAGGAGCAGACAAUGUGCCCAGUGUGUUUGGAUCGUCUAAAGAAUAUGAUUUUCCUCUGUGGCCAUGGAACGUGCCAACUCUGUGGAGACCGAAUGAGUGAAUGUCCAAUCUGUCGCAAGGCUAUUGAACGAAGGAUUCUUUUGUAUUAACAAGAAACUCAGUGUGUUUUGUUAGCUAAGGUAUUUGGUCAUGAGAUCUUAGUAAGCCUUUAAACUAGUUGGAGGUUCUAAUGAAUUAAUUUUGAAUAUUAUAGUUUCUUUACUAGAGUAUAAUUAAACUGUAAAUGUACCAGAACAAAAUAACUCUACAAAACAG